CCAGGGUUGUCGCUUCCUCCGCGGGUGCUUCUUCUUGCAGGCCGUUGCUAUUCACCCACCCACAAACACAAACACAAAACAAAAUAACAGUUCGAUUCACCGCUGGCUCUGCUGCCAAAAUAAUUAAGCCGAAAUAAGCAGGCCGUUGACUAGUUGGGGAAAAUGAACUGCGAAGCGGCUCAGGAUACGCCGAAGCGGCGGGUGCAUCGAAUGAUAAAACUGCGUUGCGGCAUUCCAUAUAUAGCUGUGGUUUCACUUCUCCUACUUUUGCUAUGCGGCGGUUCUGCGGCCGAUCAGCUGAACUUUACCACCCAAGAGUGCAAGCUCAAGGAACCCAUUUAUGGCAAUACGUUCGACUUUAGUGCCCUCCACUCGGACCUCGCUCAUGUGGUGGAAAGUGCGGGCAAUGGGGAUGACAAAUUCGAGUUUAAUGUUUGCGGCAAUCUCUCCAAGACGUGCAAUGGGGAGACCAAUGUGGCUGCCUGUCUCAAGAAACAGGACAAAGAGUAUGUCCUGGGACGCCAGCACGAGCUGCAUUACUACAAUGGCAAAAUGUAUUUCAAGUAUUUAAGCGGCGCCAAAUGCGAAAAUGGUACAGCAGAUAAUCCAAACUACCAGCUUCAUGUGAUCCUCAGCUGCGAUUACACUUUGGAUGCCAAUCCCAUGCAUAUUACGCGAUAUGCCAACGACGCCUGCUCCUUCUACAUCACCUACGAGACGCCGCUGGCCUGCCUGCCCAUUCCGGAUGCAGUGCAGUCGAACAGCUGCAGCGUAAGGGACACCAAAACGGAUGGAACAUUCGAUCUGCUGCCUUUGAGCGACACCAAUUACAGGACAAGCAACCGGCAGGGCUCUGUCUUUCUGAUUAAUGUGUGCAAGCCCGUGCUUUAUGGAGAAAAUAGCAUGUGUCCGCCUGGCAGCAGCAUAUGCCUCUACUCUCCCAAGGCCACAAAUAAUUCAGAGCGAUUCAUCAAUUUCGGAACUGUGCAGUCGCAUCCCGUGGUGGAGAACGGACAGCUCUUGCUGCGACACGAGUCGCCCACGGCUUGUGCCCGCAAUUCCAGUAUGAAUUACACCAGUGUCAUUUACUUUAGUUGCGACAAGACCAUAAUGAAUGCACAUCCCGAAUUCGCGGGCCUCGGAGCAGACGAGUGCACGUACCAGUUCAAUUUUGUAACACCGCUGGCCUGCAAUGAUCUCAAGCCCUGCACGGCACUUACCUCCACCAAUGAGCUUUUGGAUCUCAGUUCGCUUAGUAGCCAGCCAGCGCAUCACCUGUCCAAAGAUGGUCGCAACUACACGGUAGCCGUGUGCGCCAGUGCAGGAAAUCCCUGCCAGGAGAAUGGCGGCGCCUGUUACGAACAGAAUGCGGAGACCAUCAGCCUGGGAAACGCCAAUUCGCAUCUGCGCUUCAAUCAGAGCGGCUCGCUCUAUUUGCUCUACGAGAACGGCGCCAAAUGUCCCACUGGAUCGGGCGCAACGUCGCUCUGGUCGACGAAAAUCGAAUUUGUCUGUGCGAACAAUGCCACAAAGGACAAUGGCACCACCGCUGGCGGUGGAGGCGGUGGAGCCGGCGGUACCACCGGCCGGAGCAAUGCUCUGCAAAUAAUUGAGGACUCCAAUUGUCAGCUGUUAAUCCAAUAUCAGACGCCGUACGCCUGCCAGGAGCAGAUUAGAUGCAAGGCCACCGUCUACGUGGACCACACCACCGACGGUGUCGGCAGCAGCGGGGACGAGCUGAUCGACCUGACGCCCUUGAUUAGCGCCAGCGACAACUACGAGGCACGGGUCGAGCUGCCGGCCAGCAUGGAGCAUCUGGUGCCCAAAACGACAAAGUUCUAUUUGAAUGUGUGCCGUCCAUUAGUGCCGAAAUACCAAUUAGGCUGUGCCGGCGGCUCUGGUGCCUGCAUGGCCAAAGUGGCGGCCUCCGGUGCCCCCGAGGAGGAGCAUAGUCUUGGAUUCCCUUUGGUUUCGCUGUCGCGUGUGAACCGUACCUCCGCCGAGCUGCUGUACGUGAAAGGAGACCCCUGUCCCACGGACAAGAAGACGGAGCUGUCCACACGCAUCCUGUUCAACUGUAAUAUGCGUGCGGGUCGUGGGCAACCCGUUCUCCGUUCGAUUGAGGACUGUGCCUAUGACUUUGAGUGGGAAACGAAUGUCUUUUGCCCGCCGCACGAGUGCACUGUCAGUGCGGAGACCUGCGACCUGGUGCACGACGAGCUGGGCCACCGAUUCAACUUCAAGACUGCACCAUUCACCAAGGACGGCAAGAUCGAGGUGGACUACAACAACACCAAGAUGUCGCUGGAUCUAUGCGGACAGCAUCGCAAGGCCAUGACGGACUAUUCUCAGGCGCUGGUCAACAUAUUCUUCACACACGAUGCCCCCAAUUGUGGCAAGGAAGGCACGAUGAAUGUCCAGACCCGCUUGAUAUGCAGCAACGAGACGCAGAGUUCCAGCACCAUUUCGAGUGACCAGCAAUGCAAUUUGCUUUAUGUACAGCGCACGCCGAGCAUCUGCCAGUUCCUGGCCCUCAGUGUGCCCCAGCAGGAUGCCGGAGGUGGCAGCAGCAGCAGUAGCAGCAGCAGUAGCAGCAGCAGCUCGAGCAGCAGUAGUACUACUACCAGUACCACGACCCAAGCAUCGCCAGCGGGUAAGCCAACCAAGGCAGCCACGUCGACAACGACAACAACAGCUGGCAGCGAGCCGGCGGCUGCUCCCAUCGGGCCAACGGCCUCCGUGGGCACCAUCCUGGCGGCCAUUCUGUCGGUGACAUUCUGCGUGACGUGCCUGGGACUGUUCGCCUUUUCGCCGGCGCGAAGGCAUCGCGUUCGUCGCCUCUUCCGGCGCAGCAACUCCGCCGUCAGAUAUUCCAGAGUACAGUCGAACGAAGAGGCCAAUCUGCUGCUGGAGCCCAAUGGCGAGUUUACCGAAAGCGAUGAUGACAUGCUGCUUUAGGUGGCAUCCGUGGCAACACGUCUUCGCCAUUAAAUGCGGAUAAUGUGGCAGAGCAGAAGGUGGCAUGUGUGAUGAGACAUGCAGCAUCCCAAAGUGCAGAAAAUUGAACACCAAAGACAUAACUGAAACUGGAACUGAUUGUGAGCUAAAAACAAAAGAAACUAAAACUGUAGUAAAGAAAUGUAGGCAUAAAGAUAAAUAAGAUUGAAGACGCAGAUGUGAACAGAGGAGAACUGCUAAAGGAUGUUGAUAUAUUAAAUUGUACAAUACGCAUAGGCUACAACGAGAAAAAAACCAGAACACACUUAAAGGACCUAUAUAUAUAUAUAUAUAUUAUACAACAUUAUAUAUUUUAUAUACACUUCAUAUAAAAAAGAAGAAUCCCCGGAAUCCCCCCCCCUUAGCUAUAGUUAACCC